GUAAAUUGUAUCGGAAAAAAAGACCAGAACUAGAAGGCCAAAGAGAGGAUAGAUAGAGUAGGGGAGGCACGCUUUCCUACGCUCUCCGGGGUGCAAGUGUUAAUUGCAAGUUGCAAAACCAUAGGAAGGAGUUGGACCCAUCAUAGGUCGGGGCAGCCAAAGUAACUGGCCUCCACUUUUAUUUUAAUCUAUUUGUUUUUCCUUUAUCUUUCUUUCUCUACUGUCGGUAAGUCACGAGCCUCUACCGUCCAUUGAGAGAAGGGAAAAAAAAAAGAAAGAAUGCAGACCGUGUGGAUUUCUACAUCAAUUAAAAUCGCCUUUGACAUUGUCCAAAGUCAACUCCAAAACCAGACCCGGUUUUCAAUGUCGGAAGCUGAGUAAAUCACAAAGUUAGAGAGAGAAAAAGGACAAGAUAAGGCUUUGAGAUGCCCAAUUUGUCAACCAAAAAUACCACAGCUUUUUCCUUUUUCCUUCUUUAUAUAUAAUUGCGAAACCCGACUCAAAUGCAACCCCCCAGCAUUUUCUUCUUUUUUUUCCUGUUCUCUUUACAACAACUAAAAAGUCAGCGCCUUGUUUUGUCUUCUUCUUUCUCUCUUUUCUAACAGUUUCUUGCCAGAGGGGAGUCAGCUGCAGAUUCAGAAGAGGCACUUUUGUUUUUUGAGUUUUGCCUUAGAAGUAGAGAGAAGAAGAUACAAGGCUCAUGGAUGUUGAUUGGGAUUUGCAUGCGGUGGUGAGGGGCUGCGCCACUGUUACAGCGUCCAGCAGCGGUGGUGUUGCAACCAGUUCUUUCAUGGCGGAGUUGUGCCCUCAGUCUUGUUUUUCUUCGUUUGGUAGUCAAAAAGCUUUUCAGGGUCAAGUUUUUUCAUUUCCGAAUCAGUUUGAAGAUAGAAAAUCUAUGGAAGAACUGCAUGAGCUUUACAAGCCUUUCUUCCCCAAAUCUCAGCCUUCUUCCCCACAGAGCAUGCCUUUAUCUUCACUUUCUUCUCUUGGCUUGUCCAAAGAUCAAGCACAGAUUAAACAACAACAGCCUAAGCAGUCUGUUACUAGCGCUGCUAAAACAGCUAGUAGUAAUUCCACAACUGCAAAUUCUUAUAAUUCUCGAUCUAAAAGAAGAAAGAACCAGCUAAAAAGGGUUUGCGAGGUUCCAGCAGAAGGUCUCUCUUCAGAUGUAUGGGCAUGGAGAAAAUAUGGUCAGAAACCCAUCAAAGGUUCCCCUUAUCCAAGGGGCUAUUACAGAUGUAGCAGCUCUAAGGGCUGUUUGGCCCGGAAACAAGUGGAACGAAACAGAUCCGACCCGUCUAUGUUCAUAGUCACAUACACAGCUGAACACAACCACCCUGCUCCCACGCACCGGAAUUCACUCGCUGGCAGCACCCGCCAGAAGCCUUUCACUCCACAAACAGUCACUGUCGGCGACUCCACCAAACCCUCCUCAUCCAAACCUGCGAACAGCUCGUCUCCAACUACCUCAGUUGAUGAAGAGCUUGUAGUUCAAAGUACAAAGAUGGAGAGCAGAGAGGAUUUGGCUGAAGAUGAAGGGGAAGAAGAUUUUGGGAUGUCAGACACGGCGGUCAGUGAUGAUUUCUUCGAGGGUUUAGAAGGACUCUCUGACAUGCUCACCGGAAAUUGCUUUUCUGAUAAUUUUCCGGCAACUUUUGACCUUCCUUGGAUUGUUAACAAUGCAGCUACUGCCGCUGGUGGCAUCUAAAACUCGCCCGGAGAAUUGUUUUCAUGGCUUUAUAUGUUUUUUCCCUUUUAUUUCUUGUAUAUGUCAUACACUUUAAAAGGUAGAGGGGAAUUCAAUUGGCUUAUUCCCUUUUGGUAGAAUGCAAGUUACGAUUCCAUAACGAUCUGAGGUAAGGUUAGUGACAGAGCUAGGUGAAGUUUUAGCUUUUAGACAUCCUUUUUAUUUUCCUAGAAUUUACGGUUUUUUUUGUCAUUUCGGAUACAACUAAAGUGUAAUCGGUAAUUGAUUUAUCAGUAUCUUUGUUUAA